AUGUUGUGGGUUGACAAGUAUCGUCCCAAGACUCUCGACCAUGUUAUGGUUCACAAUGAUAUUGCUCAAAAUCUCAAGAAAUUGGUUACUGAGCAUGAUUGCCCUCAUUUGUUGUUCUAUGGCCCAUCGGGCGCUGGCAAGAAAACACUAAUUAUGGCUCUUCUCCGCCAAAUGUUUGGACCUGGUGCUGAAAAGGUGAAGGUGGAGAACAGGGCGUGGAAAGUUGAUGCUGGGAGUAGAUCUAUUGAUUUAGAGCUGACUACAUUAUCAAGUGCCAAUCAUAUUGAAAUGACUCCAAGUGAUGCAGGCUUUCAGGACAGAUACAUUGUUCAAGAAAUAAUCAAAGAAAUGGCCAAGAAUAGACCCAUUGAUACUAAGGGGAAGAAAGGAUUUAAAGUACUAGUGCUUAAUGAUGUUGACAAACUCUCUAGAGAAGCCCAACAUUCUCUCCGCAGAACAAUGGAGAAAUACAGUGCUUAUUGCAGAUUAAUUCUAUGUUGCAAUAGUUCUUCAAGAGUAACAGAAGCAAUUCGCUCUCGUUGUCUUAAUGUACGAAUAAAUGCACCAAGUCAGGAACAGAUUGUUGAAGUUUUACAGUUCAUUGGUAAGAAAGAAGGACUUCAACUUCCUCCUAACUUUGCUGCUCGCAUAGCAGAGAAAUCUAACAGGAAUUUAAGGAGGGCCAUAUUGUCAUUUGAGACUUGCCGUGUCCAACAGUAUCCUUUUACUGACAAGCAAACAAUUUCUCCAAUGGACUGGGAAGAAUAUAUUUCUGAAAUUGCAUCUGACAUAAUGAAGGAACAGAGCCCAAAAAGGCUGUUUCAAGUUCGGGGAAAGCUGUAUGAGUUGCUGAUCAAUUGCAUUCCUCCAGAGAUUAUUUUGAAGAGGCUUCUUUAUGAGCUCUUGAGGAAACUAGAUGCAGAACUGAAGCAUGAAAUCUGCCACUGGGCAGCAUAUUAUGAGCAUAGGAUGCGCCUUGGGCAGAAGGCAAUUUUUCACAUCGAAGCAUUUGUGGCUAAGUUCAUGAGCGUCUACAAAUCCUUCCUCAUUGCAACAUUUGGCUGA